CUCUUCUCUUAUCUUAAAUAAGAGAAAACAAGCCUUUUCUUAUGAGUUCUCUCUCCUCCACCUCAUCAUUUAUCCUACGUGGCACUCCUAAGAUAGCACCAUUGUACAUGCCCUAACAGAUUCUCGUCUUUUGUUUCAGUAUGUUUAUCGUAUGGUGGCAUCACACGGCCAUUAAGCUAAUAAAUAUAACAAUUAAUUUCAUGUGUCUAAAUAAGAUAUAAGCCUAAUCGAAAAUUAGGGAGUACUACAUUGAAAUCUUUGAUGAAUCCAUUCCCAUGAACCAAAGAUUUCUGAUAUAACAAUUAAUUCCAUGCGUCUAAAUAAGAUAUAAGCCUAAUAAAAAAUUAGAGAGUACUACAUUGAAAUCUUUGAUGAAUCCAUUCCUAUGAACCAAAGAUUUCCGAUAUAACAAUCAAUUCCAUGUGUCUAAGUAAGAUAUAAGCCUAAUCGGAAAUUAGGGAGUACUACAUCGAAAUCUUUGAUGAAUCCAUUCCCAUGGACCAAAUAUUUCCGAUUGGGAAAAAAAUCAAUGAAUUGAUCUUCCAAAAUUUCAAUCGAAGACACCGGUAGUUUACUCUUUCGGUUUCGUCCACACGCAUGGACCUGCUAUCGGUGGCAGCGCCCUUUCCUUGACUGCCGGCGACUCCAUAGUAAAAUAAACCGACAUUCCACAAAGGCACAAAUGCCCGCCAGCCGGCCGGCCAGCCAGCGCACGCCCCACCCGUGUAUUUAGGCCACUCCGCCGCCCCACUCCCGAGGGAACGAAGCGAGCGAGGCUGACCAUUUCGCACGGAGGCACCGAGGACUCGAGCCAUGGCGCUGCCGCUGGUCCUGCUGGUUCUGCUCGCCGCCGUGGCGGCGGCGAGGGAGGCGCACGGGUACGUGGCGUACAACACGAGCGCGGGGACGGUGGCCGGGCUGCUGAACGUGCACCUGGUGCCGCACUCCCACGACGACGUCGGCUGGCUCAAGACCGUCGACCAGUACUACGUCGGGUCCAACAACUCCAUCCAGGGCGCGUGCGUGAUGAACACGCUGGACUCCGUGGUGGACGCACUGGCGAGGGACCCUGGCCGCAAGUUCGUCGUCGCGGAGCAGGUCACGUGCUCGCCCAAAUUCCCCGUCGAAUUUUCCUCCCUUUUGCUUUGGACGUUUCUUCCCUUGUUUCUGUCUCCACUUUACCUUGCCCACGGAAAUAUCUUCUUUUACCUCGUCGUCGUGAUUGAAGUUGAACACAGUAAUGAUUGAACAGUCAUUGCUGCUUGCUUGCUUGUGUCACGGAUGGGUGGUCUCGUUUUAAAAGAGCACGAAUCAAACCCACUGUUUCAGUGCAAGUCGGCCGGCAACCCCAUCUAGUUAAUUCGGUGGUGGGGCCACACCGUUCACGUGAUCAGCUUAUCCGGAAACGAUAUUAUAAUGACCAUAUCUUGCUCGACGAUUCUAUAUAUAGGACUGUUCAUCCUUCAGUUGGCUUGUAAUGAUUGGCCGUAUGAAUCAGCCGCGGCAUCCAGCGACAUGGUAUAUAUGGAGUACAAUGUCUCUUGUGGAAGUUACAUAGAAAAUUGUUGGCCAGAAAAUUGUUUCUCUCUUUAUGUUACUUGAUAAGUUAUAUU